AUGCAAAGAUAUUUGAUACAGUCUUUGAAGAGAUCAAACGGCUUGUGUAGAUCGUCAACUUUAAGGUUGAGUCCCAUUCCUCAAAUAUGCGCAUCGAAUCCAUACAACAUUGCCAUUCGUUUCAAUUCAACAAAACCAACAUCUGACGAAUCCAAGGCGGUAGACGAAAACCAAGAACAAGUCAAUGCAAAUACUCCAUCAGAAGAAUCUCAAACCGAAUCAACUGAAAGCCCCGAAAUUAAAUUAUUAAAAGAAAAGUUAGAUAAAAAAGAUAAAGAUCUUGCAGCAAUGAAAAAUCACUAUACUAGAGCUAAAGCAGACUUUCGUCAUUUACAAGAAACAACUAAAAAAGAAGUUCAGAAAGCUAAAGAUUUUGCAUUACAAAAAUUUGCUAAAGAAUUAUUAGAAUCAGUUGAUAAUUUUAACUUAGCCUUGGGUCAUGUAAAAGAAGAUACAUUAAAAUCAAAUGAAGAAGUUAAAAAUUUAUAUGAUGGUGUUGAUAUGACAAGAAAUAUUUUUGAAAAGACUUUAGGUAAAUUUGGAGUUGAAAAAAUAGAUCCGAUGGGAGAACCAUUUGAUCCAAACUUACAUGAAGCAACUUUUGAAGUUGCUCAUCCAGAUAAGGAACCAGGUACCGUUUUCUUUGUUCAACAAACUGGUUAUACAUUGAACAACAGAGUUUUAAGACCAGCUAAAGUUGGUGUCGUUAAGACUGAGGAGUAA